AUGAAUAUUUCGGUUGUUCCUAUUGUUUAUUUGACAAUAAUUUAUGUUCGUUUACUAUAUUUUAUACGUCAUCAGGCAUUUCAAUGGAUAGAAGCGCGAAAACGAAGAAGAGCUCAUCGUGAUCUAAUUGUUACUCGUCGUAUAUUAUUUACUGUCAUUACUCUUACUUUAUCCGUAUUACCAAAUACGGGUUUCGGCAUCAUGACAAAUAUUAAUCUUCAUAUUUUUGAUUCUUAUUAUAUAUAUGGAAUUCAAUUUUUGGGUCCAGCUGUAGCUGUACUCAUACUCAGUAUAGUUAUGAUAUUUAUUACUCCACAAAUUAAACAAAUAUUGAUAAAAUUAAAGUCUUGUGGAAAUCAAGUAGCACCAAUGACAUUACCAAUGCGAGAACUACGACAACCUUGUGUCCUCCUAUCAACAUCACUUCAAGUUUAA